CUCCUGUUCCUCUUGGCCACUCCUCUUUAGAGCCGCUCACAGCACACUCCCUUGCUCUUCUGUCUCUUUCUUAUUCUCUGUCUGCCUUUCCUUUUCUGAAACCUUGUUUCCUCUCAUCCCCUCUCCACAGACAUCCAAGUCGAACUCCCAGGCAGGAUCUACAUACCUGCUCCUCAAGGCAGGAAAUGCACUCCAAACGGCCAGGGGGCUACAAGUGUCGGGUAGCAGCAGUGCUGCUUCUCCUCCUGGGCAGUAUUGCUGCUCUGGUUGCUGUUGCUGUCAUCCAGGACACCUGGGGGACUAACAAGUACACAUUAGAGUAUGGCAUAGUUAUAGACUCUGGUUCUUCACGCUCAAAUAUAUACCUGUAUGAGUGGCCAGGGGAGAAGGAGAAUGAAACUGGAGUGGUGACUGAGAAAUUGAACUGUAGAGUUGAUGGUGAUGGUAUCUCAGAAAUGAAAGUUGACCCGGAGAAAGAUGCUAAAUCAUUGGAGUCAUUCAACAAAUGUAUGGACAACAUCAUGCAAACCAUUCCUGCUGAAAAACACAAAACCACGCCUCUUUUUCUUGGAGCUACUGCUGGAAUGAGACUGCUGCAUGAGAAGGAUGAGCAGAGGUCCAAUGAAAUCCUGGCAAGUCUCACAGAAUACCUCAGCUCUUUGCCUUUCGCUUUCCAAAACGCCUCCAUCAUUUCGGGUCAGGAAGAGGGCCUGUAUGGGUGGGUGACUGUCAACUACCUCAAGGGAAGAUUCCUGGAGCUACACUUGUUGAACAAGUUUAUUCGCCCAGAAGGGGCAAAGACUUCUGGGUCCAUGGAUCUUGGUGGAGCAUCGACACAGAUUGCCUUUGCGGUCCAAGAUGAACUCAGGGGGGAUGACUACAUGCGUGUCAAGCUGUAUGGAUAUCCUUACAAUGUCUACACACAUAGUUUCCUUUGCUAUGGGAAAAAUGAGGCAGAGAAGAAGGUUCUGGACAAAGUAGUUCAGCAAUCAUCUGACCCAAGCUUCAUUAUUAACCCCUGCUACCCCGAAGGCUUCAACAUCACUUUAAAGGCCUCGUCCAUCUAUGACACAGAGUGCACAAAGACUCCCAAAAACUACGACCCGGAUCAAGAGUUCUUCAUGGUGGGAGAAGCCAAUUCCGACAAAUGUGGCAGCUUAGUGAAGUCUAUUUUUGAUUUCAAGACUUGCUCAUCACCUCAGUGUUCCUUCAACGGGGUGGAGCAGCCACCUGUCACUGGAGAUUUCAUGGCAUACGCAGGAUUCUUCUUCACUGCCAGAGCGCUGCUGAUGAACGGCACAUCGGAGUUUGAUAAGUUUAAUGCUUCAGUGAAGAAAUUCUGCCACACACAUUGGACAGUGCUGAAGGUUGAAAAAAUAUCGAUCUCGGACAGAUAUCUCAGGACCUACUGUUUUGCAGCUCACUAUGUCUUCACGUUGCUGGCUGAUGGAUACAAGUUUGAUGAAGAGACUUGGAAAAAUAUUCAGUUUGAUAAACAGGUAAAGGACACCAGCAUAGGUUGGAGUUUGGGCUACAUGCUGAGUGUGACCAACAUGAUCCCGUCUGAAGUGAAAAUAAUCCCCCCCAUGACAAACCCGGUCUUUGCUGGCCUUAUCUUUCUAUUUUCAGCGCUUACCAUUGUAACUGUUGUCUUCAUUUUCAUCCUCCUCGUUCGCGCCUGCUUCUGAGAGACUAAGUUACAAAUGGAAUGAUCUGCAAUCAAGCCUUAUGGGGUCUGCUGUAAUCCUCUAAGAGCACUACAGUCGCAUGGCUGAGUGACAGUAACUUACCGUAAUGUUUCUGUUUUUCCAACCUGAGCAAUUCACCAUCUCAUAUUUCAGUUAUUUUGAAAAGUUGAAUAGGAGCCUCAAAUUGUAAAACCUCUCACUGCUUGUAUCAGAUGUUAGACUGGGUCUAUUGCUACAGUAUAAAUGUUUUUAGAACAGUAUUUUUUAAGUCCUGUACCUCAGGGAGACUUAAAGAUUUAAGUAAGGGAUCUAUUUUUAGCUUUUCAAGCUACACAAAAAGACGUGAGAAACUCACAUGGACCUGCAGGCGAAAGCAUGAUAAAUUAUCCCUCCAUCACUGUUUUGGUUGUAUGAUAUAUGUGUUUGCACUGAAUGCACCCUCUUUAAAUACAAUGUGGUAGUACUUUGUUCUAUUGUAGCAUUUUAUACCAGAAGUACACAAUCAUACUCCACAUUUAAUGAAUGAAAACCUCCCUAAUACAUAAUGUAUGUUUCCCAGUGUGCUGUACUGUAGGUUCACUCUGAGUUUGCAAACUAAAUACAGUCUACAUAACACAACACAUCCUCUACUUUUUGUUAGUUUAAAUACAAGAUUUUUUGAUUUUGGUAAUGAAGAUAAAUGGUCAAUGAAAAUAAUUGUUCUUAAACCCAUUGAAAUAUUUCUGCAGCAACCUUGUGUUAUUACAUUACUGGCAAGAUUUUACUCUGAACUUUCAGAAAAAAGGACAUUUUGGAUAAUGAUUUGAAAAUGAUUUAUAGUAUAGAUCAGAGGAGGUCCAAGUGAAGUUGUGAAGUUGAAGGAAACUAAAAUAAGUGAAAGUAAUGUUACCGAUGGGUCCUGUCAUCUCCAAAAAUCUAUUUUUUUACAGUUUUGAGUGCAAUCUUCAUUACAUUUAAAAUAUGAGAAGAAGUAAGUGUUAAUACGAAGCUUUUCUUCUGAGAGCUAUAUAUCAAUCAGUGGAUAAUAGUCAACAUACUGAUGACAACAUUUUCACUAGAUUUGUUUUGGCUUUGGAAAUCAAACUAGCAUUUAGUCCAGAUGGGAAAAACAGAGUUGAGAGAAAACAAUUGAUUUCUUAACUUUAUAUGAAAAAUAGAUGAAAAAUGUAAUGGAUAGGAGACUUUAAAGGUAAGAGUUUUUCUCUGUACUGUGCCAGGCACAUUUUGCUCUAUAGCAAGAGAAAGGUUUUUCUUCCCAGGGUUAUAGUACAUCAUCAUUUCGGAUUGAAAGCAGCAUAAAUAUAAACAUGUAGAUGUCUGUGUCUCUUUUGACACGUGUGUGCAUGGUAUUGUGCUUGGGGAACCGUUUUAUUCAUAUUUGGUCUUUGCACUGUAGAGAAUGAUGCAUGAUUCAUGUAAUGCAUUGACUGUGUCUGUGUUAUUUUUGUAAUACUAUUACUCUCUCUAUUAAGUACAUAAUAAAGUUAUGAUCUAACUGUA